UUUCAAACAUACCACAGCACUCAGUCCAGACAUAUAUAUGGACACCAAAACUGUCUUAGAAUCGACUUUUAUGAACCCAUUCAAGGCAAGCAUUAUUAAAAUAAGCCCAUUUAUUGAAAUCUUGAAUAUAUGCAACUUUCUAAAUUAUGCAUACUGCAAGACUCUCAGUGCGCGGGUUUGGUUACAUCUAACUAACGAGCGUAGAAUUUAAGCGACUUUCUAAAUUGUGAAUACAAAAUUUGCGCUGUGCAUUGGAUUAAAUUGUGUGAAUUUAAUGUUAAAAUAAUUGAUCAAUCUUAAGCCAGUGUUGUAUUGUAGGGGAAGUUAUAUGCUCUCUCUUCACAUAGGACCGCCAUCAUGUGUAAAUGUUCUUCGAGCCAGUUCUCACUUGAAUUAAGGACGACGAAAUGUCGCAGAAUGAAACUACCAACCAGUAUAUACCAUUAGUGCAAGAGAAGGGUCGUCUUCGUACAAAACAAUACCACACAAUGGACGUACAACCACUUACACCAGCAGCGGUUACAGCAGAGACCAUUUUGAAAAAUCUAGGAUCUCGGUUGGAGCAACGUAAAAAGUUAAUCCUUCGUCGCAGAUGGCUCGUUGACGUUGAAUUCGUUAUGGCUGUUAUAGGAAUUUCGUUAAUGAUGAUUGAGAAUGAGCUGUUCUAUCUGGAUCCAAGUGAGAAAAUGUCAACCAUAUCACUGGUACUAAAAACAUUUACUUCAAUUACAACCGGCGUUCUACUAAUCGCUAUAUGUUUGUACUACCAGACUGGGAUGGAAAUACGCAUGCUCGACGGCGGUGUGGACGACCCAUUUGCUGUGACACCAUUUUGGACAUAUGUGGCCUGGAUCGUAGAAGUGAUAGUUUGUGCGGUACAUCCCUUCCCUAGUAAUAUAGAAGUUGUAUUCGUUUCACCCAGGGGUCACAGUCGAGUAGCAAGCAUUGAUGGCAUCUUAUCUGUGUUGAUGAUGUUUCGUCUUUAUUUAGUGGGUAAAUUUAUCGUGGUGCAUAGUCGUCUGCUCACAGAUCCUUCGACUCAGAGUAUUGGAGCACUAUCUAGAAUUAAAAUCAAUCUGUUUUUCGUGUUCAAGUCAGCCAUGUCGGAGAGUCCAGGGAUUCUGAUUGUGUCAGUAAUGUUGACUAUGUACACAGUGAGCUGUUGGUCGAUGAGGACCUGUGAAAUGUAUUAUACGAGAACAGAGGAAAGUCAAGGAUUUUCUCAAUCAAUGUGGCUAUCUGCCAUUACUUUCCUUACCGUUGGGUAUGGGGACGUGACACCACAGACCCAUUGUGGACGUUACAUAGCUAUCAUGACAGGGCUGUGUGGCUUGGCUUCAACAGCUUUGUUAGUAGCCGUCAUUGCGAAGCGGCUUGAACAAACUCGAUCUGAACGCUACGUUUUUAACUUCUUGUCAAGAAUCCAUUUGGAGAAUAAGCACAAAAAUGCCGCGGCCGAUGUUGUGAAGUGUUCUCUGAGAUUAUGGGUGAUGAACAAACAGGGUGGUAAACCCACCUUAACCUAUACUUACUUUAGGUGGAAGCUUCGUAACGCUGUAAGGGAAAUGAGAUCUGCUCGCGCCACUUUAGCCGAGAAUGAGGAAUCGACCGUUGGUGUGAUAGAGUUAUCUCACAUGAUUUCCAGAAUGACAGUAAGUAUUGAAAAAUCCCUCGAGGCUCAGAACAGAAUGUCAGAACAAAUGACUAAAAUCGAAAAAGAACUUCAAGAUAUGAGAAGUCAUUUAAAAUAGUUUCUAUGUGAAUUAACCGAGCGAAUUGGGUUGUUUUCUGUGAUAUUGGUAUGAAUCUAUUAGUGUCUAUUAUAAUAUGUAUAAAAAUCA